AUGGCCAGGAUUUGCUGUGCCCUGCUGCUCUCGCUGCUGCUGCUCCUGCACAGCCCGGCCGCCUGCGGGGCCCCGCCGCAGCCCCGCGGCACCCUGUGCAGGACCAAGCCCACGGACCUGGUGUUCAUCAUCGACAGCUCGCGCAGUGUGCGGCCGCACGAGUUUGAGAAGAUCAAGGUGUUCGUGUCGCGCGUCAUCGAGGCGCUGGACGUGGGCCCCAACGCCACCCGCGUGGGCAUCAUCAACUACGCCAGCGCCGUGCGCAGCGAGCUGUCCCUGCAGGGCCCCCAGAGCAAGGCAGCCCUGCUGCAGGCCGUGCGCAGGAUCCAGCCCCUCUCCACGGGCACCAUGACCGGCCUGGCCAUCCAGUUCGCCAUCAGCCGCGCCUUCAGCGCCGCCGAGGGCGCCAGGGGCAGCGCGCCCAACUUCAAAAAGGUGGCCAUCGUGGUGACGGACGGCCGGCCCCAGGACGGGGUGCAGGACGUGUCCGCCCGGGCCAGGGCCGCGGGCAUCGAGAUCUUCGCCAUCGGCGUGGGCAGGGUGGACAUGGGCACGCUGAGGCAGAUGGCCAGCGAGCCCCUGGACGAGCACGUGGACUAUGUGGAGAGCUACAGCGUCAUCGAGAAGCUGACCCACAAGUUCCAGGAGGCUUUCUGUGUGGUGUCUGACCUGUGUGCCACGGGGGACCACGACUGUGAGCAGGUGUGUGUCAGCACCCCAGGGGCCUACAGGUGUGCCUGCAGGGACGGCUUCAGCCUCAACAGCGACGGCAAGACCUGCACCGCUUGCAAUGGUGGCUUGGGGUCUGCUCUGGAUCUUGUGUUCCUCAUCGAUGGCUCCAAGAGUGUGAGGCCUGAGAACUUUGAGCUGGUGAAGAAAUUCAUCAACCAGAUCGUGGAUUCGCUGGAGGUGUCGGACAAACAGGCCCAGGUGGGGCUGGUGCAGUACUCCAGCUCCGUCCGGCAGGAGUUCCCCCUGGGGCAGUUCAAGAGCAAGAAGGACAUCAAGGCAGCAGUGAAGAAAAUGUCCUACAUGGAGAAGGGGACCAUGACAGGCCAGGCUCUCAAGUACCUCGUUGACAGCUCCUUCUCUGUCAUCAACGGAGCCCGGCCCGGCGUCCCCAAGGUGGGGAUUGUCUUCACUGAUGGGCGCUCACAGGAUUAUAUCUCAGAUGCUGCCAAGAAAGCCAAGGACUCAGGAUUUCGGAUGUUUGCCGUGGGAGUGGGCAAUGCUGUGGAGGAUGAGCUGAGGGAGAUCGCCUCAGAACCCGUGGCUGAGCAUUAUUUCUACACUGCCGACUUCAGGACCAUCAGCAAGAUCGGGAAGAAGCUGCAGAUGAAGAUCUGUGUUGAGGAAGAUCCGUGUGAGUGCAAGUCCAUCGUGAAGUUCCAGACCAAAGUAGAAGAGCUCAUCAAUUCCUUGCAGCAGAAACUGGAAGCUGUGGCCAAAAGAAUUGAAGCCCUGGAGAACAAGAUCAUCUAA